AUGUCCAUGUUCCGUUCAUUCAUCAACGCCCAGAGCAACUUGACCGCUCAGGCCCGCCGCGCGUUCUCGACUACUCUCUAUGGUGGUGCCAACAAGAACGCAUGUGUCAACCCUGAGAUGUUGUACCUCCAACCCCGCUGGCACGUCAAGAAGGAUCAGGCCUCGACCCAGGGGGCUGGAAAAGUCCUUGUGGGCAUGAUCCAGAAGCGGUGGAACUCUGCCUCUGCCCAGCCCGUCGAGUUGGCCAAGAUCCAGAGACUUCGUAACAUUGGUAUCUCUGCACAUAUUGAUUCGGGAAAGACGACAUUGACGGAGCGUGUCUUGUUUUAUACGGGCCGUAUUAGCCAGAUCCACGAGGUCCGUGGUAAGGACAAUGUCGGAGCCAAGAUGGACUCGAUGGAGUUGGAGCGUGAGAAGGGAAUCACCAUCCAGUCUGCUGCCACCUAUGCCGCAUGGAAGGAUUACAACUUCAACAUCAUCGAUACCCCUGGGCACGUUGAUUUCACGAUUGAGGUCGAGAGAGCUUUGCGUGUGUUGGAUGGUGCUGUUCUUGUGUUGUGCGCUGUCAGUGGUGUCCAGUCCCAGACCAUCACUGUCGAUCGUCAGAUGAAGCGUUACAACGUCCCCAGAAUCUGCUUCAUCAACAAGAUGGAUCGUGCUGGUGCCAACCCCUGGAAGGUUGUUGAGGCCCUUCGCACAAAGCUCAAGAUGCAUGCGGCUGCUUUGCAGAUCCCUAUGGGCGCCGAGGAUAACUUCCAGGGAGUCAUUGACUUGUUGAAGUGGAAGGCUCUUCACUUCGAAGGUGCCGAUGGUGUUGACAUUGUUGAGAGGGAUAUUCCUGAGGAGUAUAUGGAGUUGGCCAAGGCCAAGCGCGCAGAGUUGUUCGAGCAUUUGGCUGAGGUUGAUGAGGCCAUGUCAGAUAUCUUCAUCAUGGAGGAGACCCCCACCAGCGAGCAGUUGGCUGAGGCUAUUCGUCGCGCCACUGUUGCCCGCAAGUUCAUCCCCGUUAUGAUGGGAUCUGCUAUCAAGAACAAGGGUGUUCAGCCCCUCUUGGAUGCCGUCUGCUCUUACUUGCCCAGCCCUGACGAGGUCUCAAACGCUGCUUUGGAUAUCAAGAACGAGGAGUCCAAGGUCGUACUUUCGUCAGAUGAGAAGGAUCCCUUUGUCGGCUUGGCCUUCAAGCUCGAGGAGGGUCGCUUCGGUCAGUUGACGUACAUGCGUGUCUACCAGGGAAUGUUGCGUCGUGGAGGAUUCAUUACCAACGUCAAGAACGACAAGAAGGUCAAGGUCCCCCGUUUGGUCCGCAUGCACGCUGAUGAGCUCGAGGAUGUUGAUGAGAUUGGACCUGGUGAGAUCUGCGCUAUGUUCGGUGUCGACUGCUCGUCCGGAGAUACUUUCACCGAUGGUGCCCUCCAGUACACCAUGACCUCGAUGUUUGUUCCCAAUCCCGUCAUCUCAUUGUCGCUCAAGCCCAAGGGCAAGGAGACUCCUAACUUCUCCAAGGCCUUGAACCGUUUCCAGAAGGAGGAUCCUACCUUCAAGGUCCAUGUCGAUGCCGAGACCAAGGAGACGAUUAUUUCGGGAAUGGGAGAGUUGCACUUGGAGAUUUACGUCGAGCGUAUGCGUCGUGAGUACAGCGUCGACUGUGUCACCGGCAAGCCCCAGGUCGCCUUCCGUGAGGCUAUCACUGACGGCAGCAAGUUCAACUACACCCACAAGAAGCAGUCUGGAGGUUCUGGACAGUAUGGUCGUGUCCAGGGAUACAUUGAGCCUGCCGAGAUUGAUGAGGAUGGCAAGGAUGCCUUCUUUGAGACCAGAGUUGUCGGAGGUAACAUUCCUACCAACUUUAUCCCUGCUUGUGAGAAGGGAUUCCGGGAGGGUAUGGCCAAGGGAUUCUUGAUUGGUCACCCUAUCACUGGUGUCCGCAUGGUUCUGGAGGAUGGUGCUGCCCACGCCGUCGAUUCGUCCGAGUUGGCUUUCAAGAUUGCUACCUUGAACGCGUUCAAGGAAGCGUACAUGAAGUCGAGCCCUGUGAUCAUGGAGCCCAUCAUGAAGGUCGAUGUCACUGCCCCCAUCGAGUUCCAGGGUACGGUUAUCGGAGGUAUCAACAAGCGCAAGGGAACAAUUGUCGACACCGAGUCUGGCGAAGACUACUUCAGCUGUGUGGCCGAGGUGUCGUUGAACGCCAUGUUUGGAUAUGCGUCCGAGAUCCGUGGUCAGUCACAGGGCAAGGGCGAGUUCUCGAUGGAGUACCUCCGUCACCAGAAGGUCUUGCCUCAAGAGCAGGUUGAGCUCAUCAAGGCCUUCCAGAAGAAGCAGAAGGAGGACCAGAAGUAA